UCAGAUAAGAUACCACAGGAAAUAACUCACUUCUGGCAACAACGAAAAAUCUCUUUGUUAAUUCUCCUGAAAAUAUCUUAAAUACACCAGGCAAUCUCACAUUGAGCAGUAGCUUGAAAAUGGUGAAAUCCUUUCUAUACUGCAGUUCAAAUUUACACUAAGAGUAAUUUCCAAACACUCAAAUAUUAGACAAAUAUUUCCUAGAAAAAAUAUGUAGUUUUAUUUUUACAACAGCAACCAAAUGUGGUCAAAACAUUUGUCACUAAUGCAAGUGAUUCUUUUAACUUUAAUUACUACUUCAUGGAUUGUGCAAAGCUCCAGCUAUGUGGCUGCUGAAUUUUGUAAAGAAGAUUUGUCUGAGGAAGAAGAAAUUGCAUUUACAUGCUCUUGUCAUUUCAAGAAUGAGACAAUCAUUAUUCAAGACCUCAAGAUAAGUAGUGGCGGCAAACACCUCAUACUUCCUACCAACACAACAAGGCUGCAGGUUGGCUGGUGUCAGGCAGUCCAUCUCAAUGGCCCCACCCUCAUCUCCCUCUCCAACAUUCACAUUCUACACCUACAUGAAAUUGAUGUGCUUCAUGUAUCAUAUGAUUUUUUUCUACAAUAUCAGACUCAGCUUCAGACACUUCAGCUGUCUUCCUCUGGAUUUGCUCCACUACAUGAUGCUCUCAUCAUUCAUGCUCACAAACUGACACGCAUCCUCUUUGAUAACAUUAUCUCAGAAAGAGAAUUCAGUCUCUUGCUGCAGACAGAUCAGAAUCAGCACCAAGAGAUUUUAGCUAUAACCAACAGCAAAAUAAAGACAUUGGGUGAAAUUAACAUUGCAUCAAGAUAUGUUAAAAAAAUUGUGCUACAGAGCAAUAUGAUUGGCAAGGUUCUCACCAGUGCACUCCUCCAUGAUUCCCAAGACACAGUGAUUGAAAACAACAGUAUUGACAGUCUUGAGUUCCUCUCAUUUGACUUCAACACGCAUAACUUUACAUUUAAACAAAAUAUCAUUAAAUCAUUGGCAAUGUAUAGUUUGGUUAUAAAUGAAGCCAAUGCAAUAAUAAUGCUCCACAACACAUUUUAUCACAUUGAACGACAUGGACUAGCCUGGCUACAUUUAACACAAGAGCAUGGAUAUUUUCUCUUCUCAGGAAAUCAUUUCUAUGCACAAGAGGAAGAAAGUCUGAUUCUCCCUAACUUUAUGCCAUUAAAUUAUAAGCUGGAAAUUGAGGACAAUGUAUUGCACACAGUGACUUGCAACUGUAGUACAAUGAUUUUAUUAAAUUCCAUCAUAACUGAUAGUACCAUGAGGGAGCCACAAGUUAUAUAUGAAUUGUUUGAGCAUUCAACAAUCUGCUCCGACAUGAAAAAUAACACCAUAAGGCUGAAUAUCAUCUGUGGUAAAAAUUCUGUAGACAAGGAACCUGUAAUAUAUUAUUUCAUAACAGGUGGAAUUAUUAUAGGUUCACUUUUAAUCAUACUACUACUACUGAAAGUCAAGAAGUAUGCAAAAAUUACCAAUGUAACUCUUGCCACAAAAGAAAUGGAAAUCAUGUUAAAAUCUCCAGGAUGAAGAAAAGGAGUGUCAAAUGGUGCUUCUGAUUAUGUUUUUAUGGAAUUUCAAAACACUGAAUAGUAGCAGCUUUGGGCUGGGCUAAUGGAAAAGAAAAUAUCAAUACCAACUAACUCAAAACUUAGCUUUAUUCAUGCUACAAGAAUAAACCUUUAACUAAAAGAUUUAAUCUAACUAUUAGUCAUUUCUAUUACAUGAAGUAAACUUUUCUUUUAUUUUAAUAUGGAGCUUAGAAACAGAACUACUCACUAAAGCAUUUCUUUAAUGUAAAAGGGAAAAACUUAUCAAAGGCAACAAAAAUUAUAGGUUCAGUGUUCUAGAAAUUUGGCAUGUGGACGUGAAACCUAAACAUCACUCAACAUACAUAACAGAUUUUGAUAGAAGUGUACAAUGUAGAUGAGAAAUGACAAUACACAAACCACAAUUCUACUUACCCCACUUCCAGCUGACAACCACAUAGACAACCACCAUGAACUGAAUGCUGUAGAUCCAACAUUCAGAAGAAAUGUAGAGAUCACCAGUGUGCAGAUCACAUAGCCACCACAUGCAAUAAUGUAAGAAUGUUGACAUGGUUGAAUCCUGACGCCUGCGUACAGCUGGAGGAGAGAGUUCAUCUCUGCAAAGAGUUCAAUUGAAACAAUUAAAAUAUGCAGUCUUCAUUUUUUUUUUCAUCUUUGUUUCAGCUGGCUAUUUGCAAGCACAUCGGAUGGCAUCUGAGUAACACAGAGCUUGCAUUAAUAAGUAUUAUAGUGAUAUCUAUAAAAGUAAUCCUGAAAAUCUAAAGUACAUAAGAAUUUUCUAUCUUAACCAAUGUAGAAAACUCUUCCAUCUUGUAUCAGUUUAUUGGCAGCGCUGAUGAAAUUUGAAAAAUAUCUGAUCAAGAGCCACUACAUCCAAAUAUUGCCAAAAAAAUAGUAUAUUAAAAUUAUUAAGCAUUUGACAGUCAGCAACCAUCCAUACAAUAUAAUAUUUCAUUUUUUAGUCAUUUGGAGAAAGCUUAUCCUUACUCAUUACAAUUCAUAUGUACCAGGAUUUAUAUAAGAGUAUGUUAUCUGUAUAAUUUCAAUAUGUAAAGUAAGGUCUUAUAUAAAGAAAAAUAAUCUGUCCCCAAGGUGAUGAUACAUCCAAGACCUGAGACAAUGUGCUAAGUAUUUAGCUUUGUCUUCACAUACUUCUUGCUCUCUGCUUGAUGACUGUGGCUAAAAAUUUUCCUAAUUAAUUUAUCAGUUGAUUUAAUAAUACAUAAAUAAUGUAAAAAUUUUAUAUAUAAAACUGAGUUGGUUUGUGAAUCUGACAGUUUCUUCAGACCAUAGUGAACGCCUCAAUUCAAACAUGCUUUCACUCCCAAGAAAGUUGUUACUGACAGCAAAUGAUUUGUAUAAGCAGAAUACCUACACCAAAAUGACAAAGUUUUUACCUUUCAUAUUCUUCCUUUUCCACACUAUCCAUAUGUGAGUUGUACAAAGUAGCAUAUUCUGAACUGUCUUCCAGAAGCUUGGCAUGUAAAUCAAACCCAGCAACACGUCCAUCUUGUAUAAGCAGAACACGAUCACACUGAGGCAGGUACUGAUGAAAAUUAAAAGAAAAAGUGACAUA